AUGAUCGACUUCAUCCUAAUCGGCCCCCCCGAUGCCCCCUUAAUCAUCACCCUCCACGACGACCGCGGUUUCGGGGAGUCCCCAUUUUGCAACAGCGGCGACCACACCUCCGACUUCAGGGCCUACACCCCCCUAACCUCCACCCACCGCCUCCUCUCCUUCGACUACCGCGGGCACGGCCAGAGCUUGCGCACAGCACCCUACGCCUUCCAGCAACUGGUCGACGACAUCGAGGCACUGCGCCACCACUUCCUGGGCCCCGACCCACCAGCCAUCAUCUGCGGGGGUAGUUUCGGGGGCUUCCUGGCGCUGCAAUACGCGAUCCAGCACGCAGGGAAGGUGUCGCACUUGAUCCUGCGGGGGACGGCGGCGUCGCAUCAUCACGAAGCCGAAGCCCUCUCAACCCUGCAAACGCGCCUCCACCGCGCCCCCAGCCUGAGCGUGUCCAUGCUCCGCGACAAAAUCUUCGGCUCGUUUUCCAGCGACAUCGAAUGCCAGCUCGUCAUGCACGCCGCUGCGUCGCCGUUCAGCGAGACAUUCGACGCGGAUGUCGCGCUCAGGAAUGGUCUGGGGACGGUGUUCCAUGCAGAAGAAGCUCACAAACGGGGAAAAACAGACGCGCUGUACGCCGAACCCGAGAAACGGUUCGAUUACCGAGCCCAGCUGGGCAGCAUCACGGCCCGGAGUCUCGUGAGAGUGGGCGAGCAGGAUUGGAUCUGUCCGCCGGCGCAGUCGGAGACCAUUGCGCGUGGAGUGCCCGAGGCAAAGCUGGUGGUUGUGGCUGGGGCGAAUCAUGCGGUGCAUUUGGAGAGGAAUGAGCUGGUGGUGUGGGAGAUAAGGGCGUUUUUUGAAGGGAUUUGAGUGGGCGAGGCUUUUUUUGUUUGGUGGGCUGUGUUGGUGGAUGGGCA